AUGAAGUUGUCUGACGAUAAAGGUUUCUUCUCUCAUCAUUACGAUGAUACAGAUUCUUGUCUAACAACAUCAAAACCCCUAGAAAUUACCGAGUUAGAAACCCCUUACGAUAAGAGAAGAGUCCCAAUUGCAGCUGUAAGAUAUUUGGCGGGAUCCAAAUCCCCUAACAAUAGGGGUAUUAGACAUAAUUGUGAUCAGAUAUCGGAUUGGAGUGAUGCUAGAAGUGUACAAAGUGAUGUAUGUCCAGAAUCUAGCCUUGAGAAAACUAGUAGGACGCUCAGAGGUAACACUGGAUUAGGUGAACAUUAUCCAUCAAAUAAAUAUGAUUCUGCUGAUACUAACACCAGAAUUUUCCAAGAAAAUAUUCGAGAUACACAAAAUGAAGCCUUUAAUUUCGAUAUCCGUCGACAUGUUCAAAACUAUUUGUCGAAAAAUACCAAUCUACGGCAUCCGCAUAUUUCAAAAACAUCUCCCAGUUCUUUUUUGACCCCUAACAGGGAAUUUGGAUUUAAAUUUAAUACGCAAAAUCUAAAGGUUAAUGAUCGCAAUGAUAGCUCUUUUGAUUCAUUUCACCAUACGAUCGGAAUGGGUCGUCCUUCCGUUUUGGAUUCUCUGAUUAUUAGGAAGGCUCCAUACUUGAAAAAUAAUCAUAACUUGGGUUAUAUCCAUACAAAUAAAAGUCUUAUAGGUGAAGGAUUUGUCAAUUCGAAAUACUCACAAGGUUGGAAUGUUACAGAAUCUGAUAUAAAAAAUAACUCUAACUUUAUUGCACAUGUUGGCAGGGAAAAAAACACCCAAAAUAGCUACUAUUUAGAGCAUAGGCAUUAUACAGCUUUUAAUACUGAGACUGCGUUUGAUAACUCACACAGACUCCACGCAAGUGUCCAAACUUUUGAACCAGCUUACAUGAACCCUGGGAAUAAUAAUCACCAUAAUUUGAAUUUCCAGGCAACUAUACAGCAAACUGUAGAGAGUGCAAUCAAAAAUGUCUUGGAUACAUAUAUGGCGCAUAACAAAGAAAAUGACAGGCCUUCAUCGAACUACAAUCUUACUAGUGAUAGUCGAAGUUGUAGCGAUUUUAAUAUUUUAAGGGACAAAUCAGGAGAUGAAACUUGUAUAUUUAAACCUAGAGAUCUUGUAAAUCACAAAAUUACUACGAUAAACUCACAUGAGGAACAUACAGAUGCUGAUAACGAUAUAUUUUGUUACGACGAUAUAAAUCUGCUGAAAGAAACAGGAACCAUUAAUUCAGAAAACAAUGGUAACAUAACUAAUCAUAUAGGGAAAAUGGACUCGGAUCCAUUUCAAUUUGAUUUGAAAAGAUUGUCCACCGAACUAGAAAGGUUAAAAUUUACUACGAAGUUUGGAGCUGCUGAUGAAAAUUUUACAAACUUAGAUGAUACAAUUGAUUGCUCAGAUACAUUUAAAAAUAGUUAUAUAAAUGGCAAAGCGGUUGGUGUUGGCAAUUUUUUGGAAUAUGCUGACUGUACUAGGGUAAAUGGAUUAUAUCGUCUUAUGGAACCAGGGGAUUAUACCAACCGCGAGAGUUUUAUAGGCGAAGGUCACGAAGACUCAUUUUCAAAUAGAAACUCGGACUCUAGUUCUGUGCGAACUGAAAUGAAAUAUCAUAAUUCGAUAUUCAUACAGGAAAUAGACCAUUUUAAAGACUCACCUUCUAAGAGUUAUGACUUAACAGAAUCUCCAGUCUUAUUUGGAAAAAAUUUUAAAAGCUCUAAAGCUAGAGAGCAUAUUGAUGAAAAUCUUUUUAUCAGAUCGGAGGAUGUGUAUAGUAGCGAAAGUGUAAGCAACUCUGAGCUGUUUGCUCCUUAUUUAAAUGAUUGUGAGGGGAAUGCGGAUUCCACAACACCUCAAAGUAGUACCAACUCUGAGGUAGACAACCUUGAAAUUUUAAGAAAAGUUCAAGAUCUUGAGCUUUACAUUAAGAAGAUUGAGUCUGUUCUGUCAAAAGUGAGUGUGAAUGGAAAACCCGAGGGUAUCUCGGAUGCAGACGUUCAUAACACAAAGAACCGAUCAGUUGACGUUACAUGUGACGAUGGUAGAGGAAACAUUAUUUCUUCAUCCGAACUCAUAGAAGGAUAUAAAGCAGCCUCUAUCAUAAAGAAACUAUUACAUGUCCAGUCUAUGGAGUCACUUGUUCCCGCAUUCACCGCCUUUGUCCAGAAUAGACUCAGUACACCAAAGGUGUAG